AUGCACUCAGCACUUAACCGCGCUCAAGCGGUCUUUGGAUUCUUCACGACAGUUGCGCUCUUCGUCGCGGGUUUCGCUGCCCUCUCGGUCCUCCUGUUCCCGACGGAUAAUGUCACCGCGGAGGUGUCAUUGAAAGAUGUCAAAGUAAUCAAAGGCCGACCGCAUUACUACUCCACCAAGAAAGAAGAGUACGCGCAGAUGAGGUUCGACUUGGAUGCUGACCUCUCCCCUCUCUUCAACUGGAACACGAAGCAGCUCUUCGUCUACGUCUACGCAACCUACUCGUCCUCUGACAAAACCUCCGAAACCUCCCUGACUCCGCAAUCCCAAGCCAUAAUCUGGGAUUCGAUUAUCGAGGCCCCCGAAUCGCCUUACUCGUUCGCCAACCUGCGCGAGCGGUUCUUCCCCAGCAAGAGCAAGUCAGUGUCAUCGCGCAAGCGCUCUUCGUCCACGAACAAGAAGACUGGUAGUAGUAGCAGCAAGAAGGAAGUUACCCCCGGCGUCAUCCGUCUCCGCGAUCAGAAGAGCAAGUACCAGAUCAGCGAUAUCACGGGGAGGAUGGCGGAGCGCACGAAUGUCACGCUGAGCGUUGGGUGGAAUGUGCAGCCGUGGGUUGGCGCGCUGUGGUGGGCUCCUGGGACUGGGGCUGUGCCUAGGACGGAGGGGAAUACGGGAACGUCGAAGGCAUUUGAUUUGCCCGCGUUGAAGGGGUCAAAGCCGAAGACUGAAGGGCAGAAGACGGCUGCGGUUUAG